UUUACUUCAUUAUUGCUAACGUCCAAUAAACACAAGCAGAGUUGCGGCUAAUUUGUGGAACGUAAGCUGUAUACUGAUAGAAUAUGAAGGGAAAGGGGUUUCUUAUUCUGUUUGUUCUUUUGUUUCUGGUUAUUCAGGGGGAAGCGUGGAGAAGGAGGCGUCGACGCCGUCGAGCUUGUACGGCUGUUAAUUGUGCCUGGAGACUUGGUACUUGCAGUACUACGUGUGGACCCGGGACAAAAACAUAUGUUAAAACAAGAGUAAACUCGUGUGGCGGCUCAUGUGUUCAACCUGCAGCAGUGGCUUGUAACCUUAGGGCGUGCCCAAUUAAUUGCGUGACAUCCGCGUGGUCAUCGUGGGGUACGUGUUCAAAGACAUGCGGAGCGGGAGGUGUAGAAAUUCGUACAAGGACUGUCACGACCGCUGCCCAACAUGGUGGCACUGCAUGCCCGUCACUAACGGAAUCAAAAGCUUGCAACCAAGUUUGUAUGAACAACGGGACAUUUACUGGCGGAAGAUGUGUUUGUGUUGGUAGUUAUACUGGUACUUGCUGUCAAACACCACCUCCAGUUCAUUGCGCCAUGUCCGCUUGGUCGACUUGGGGAACGUGUUCGAAGACAUGCGGGGCUGGAGGUGUGGCAGUUCGUACAAGGUCGGUUGUCACGCAUUCUCAACACGGAGGAAGAAACUGUACGGGUGCACUUAGGGAAACGAAAUCCUGCAACGAAAUCUGUUUAAAUAGUGGCAACUUCACUUCAAAUGUUGUCAACAACGUCACUCAUUCCUCUUGUAAAUGCCAUGCAGGAUAUGCUGGAGCAUGUUGUCAAAGGAAGGUACCAGUACAUUGCGUCACAUCCGCCUGGUCGGCAUGGAGCAAUUGUUCAAAGACAUGUGGAGGGGGCGAAUCGUUUCGAACCAGAUCAAUUGUCACGCCUCAUAAACAUAACGGCACAGUGUGUCCAGCACUUCGGGAAACCAAAGCUUGCAAUAUGAUUUGUUACAACGGUGGAAAUUAUUCAACGAAUGGUUGCGUGUGUGUCGGUGGUCACAAUGGAAGUUGUUGCGAAAUCAAACCUUCUCCAGUUCAUUGCGUUUUGUCGACUUGGUCAUCAUGGAGCAACUGUUCAAAGACAUGCGGAGCAGGAGGUGUCAAAACUCGUACAAAGUCGGUUGUCACUGAAGCUUUAUAUGGCGGCAGAAAUUGUUCAGGCAAUCGUUCGGAGUCAAAACCCUGCAACCAUAUAUGCUACAACGGUGGCAACUACUCUUUGAUACAAACCCCUUACAAAAUUGGCCACGCUUGCAUUUGCCAUGGUGGUUACACAGGAUCUUGCUGCCAAGUUCCACCAGGAAUCAACAUCGAUUUAACAAUCAAUAUUUAUGAAACCAUCUAUGUGAUAUGGGAGCCUUACAAUCCAACUCACCACCGUUCUCACUCUUGUGGGGGAAUGGGAGCAGGAGGAGAGGGAGAAGAAGGAGAGGGAGAAGGAGGAGGAAUGAGAUGGGAUGAGGAUAAAGAAGAAACUGAACUUGAAUCUCUCAUUUAGAGAUCGAUGUGUAAGAGUUGCAAUCAAUGUAUUCGGAUAAAGACACCUUUCUUGAAAGAGUGAAAAUAAAAACAACUACUUUGUAAUUUACUUUCUAUUGAUUUUGUUUAUCUCUAAACAAUGACAUUAAAUAUGAGGUAUGUGAACAUGCCAGGUGUGUCUGAUGUAUAUGAAUACACACAUGUUAUAUUUUGACAUGACAUGUUAUAUAUUUAACAUGGUAUAUAUAAAUGAAAUGUUAUGUGGUACACAGGUUAUAUAUUUAACUUAAUAGGUUAUAAACAUUUAUACUUUAGCAAAUAUUUUUAUGCUUCGUUUUUAGCCAGCAAUAAAAGAAGGGAAGAUCAUUUCACCAC